UAUUUUUUAUAUUACUAAAACCAGGAAAAUGUUUAAAGGUUUCGUUCAAAACUAAAUUUAGAUAACCUAUCUGUGCUACUGGUUAAAUGUUGGAUGAAUGCCAAUUAGAGUUUAUUAAUUUGGCCCUCCUUUCUGAAUGUUUACCGGUGUAUAUAGUUAUUAUUUAGAUAUAUUUGUUUAACAAAAAUACUUUUGAAAUGGACAUGCAAAAAUUAAAUAAGGAACUCUUACAAAUGGUAUUUUAGAAACUAUGAUAAGAAAAGAAAAAUUUAAGAAAUAUAAAGGUGAUUGGAAUAACUUGCCCGAUUUAUUGCUGGAAAACAUUUUUUCUUAUUUGAAUGCCAGAGAUAAAUAUAAUGCAUCUAUGACAUGCCGUUCAUGGUAUUCAGUUUUUCAUUUAUCAUAUUCAUGGCAUACGUUCAUUUUCGAUGACACCACUCUAACUCGCCGGAAAUUCAACUACUAUUCUGGAUGGCAAUAUAUGUUAGAUCAUCUGCGAGUACAGUAUUGCCUUCAGUCCAUUGGAUCCUACAUAAAAGUUCUAGUUUUCAAGCCUGCAUCAAAUUUUUACAACCUAUACGAGUUUAUGAACAUGAUUUCUUUUUAUGCAGAACACGGCCAAAAUGUUGGGUCGAAAAUAAGUACUUUACAUUAUACAUUUCCCUGUAAUAUGGCAACAUCUCACGAUGAAUCUGUUUUAUAUGGCACAGGUGGUAAACUUUUAGAAGCCUUAAAGAGACUAAUGGGCAUCUUGCCAUCGUUAAGGCGUUUGGAAUUAAUUGAUUUAAUGUUGGAGAAUAUUGAUGCUCAAACAUUAUUGGAUCAAGUCUGUUACUAUUGUUGUACUACAUUAAGCACUUUAGUCCUAAUAAACACUACAAAACAGCUUUGUCAACUACUUCAUCCCGGAGCUUUUGUCAAUCUACAAGUAUUAGUUAUUAGUCCACAAAACUUAGGGAGUGAUUUAAUGCUCUUGCUAAGCCAAACAACGCUUCGACAUUUGCACAUAGUUCAAAACCGAUAUACACCCAUUGACAUAGAACCUAUUCACCCUAUCGAUUGGAGACAUUUCACUAAGGCAAAUCCUUGGUUAAGAGUACAUCUUAGAGUCGAGUCAGUAAGGGAGAGACAGAUUUUAUGGCAAGCCGGUGCACCUGUGUCUAGUGUCAUCUAUAAAUCACCAAACAUACGGAUGAGUGCCGACAUUAUUAAUAAAGUUGUUGAGCUGUAUUCAAAAAGCUUAAAUACAUUUGGUCAUCUGGACUUACCAAAAUUUUACCAACCUUCGUCGUUUAAUGAACGUAUUGAUACAAAAUUAAUUGAUUUGUGUCGAUCUUGUAAUAAAAUGGACACACUUAUGGUCCGAGAAAAAAUAUCUACCUGUACGUUGUUAUUACUUGCACACUAUGGGCAUUCAUUAAAAUACUUGUAUGUCCGAAGAAAUGCAGUGAUCUUGAGAUGCGAUUGGAAACAUCUAAGUGAAUGGUCCGAAGAGUUUUAUCGGUGGUUGAAAAAAUCGAGCAUGUCUUACCAAAUUGUUGAAGAACAAGUAGCAAAUUGCUUAGGACUAGAAAAGUGGAAUUUGCUUAGUGAUAAAGAAUUUAAACAAAUAUCUCCUCAACUAUAUUCAUACUAUUAUAAAUAAAAAAUACAUUGACUAGAAGUUUUUUCUUUUUAAA